GCGGUCUGUUUAUCGUUUUUAAUUUUGCGGAAAUUAAUUAGUGAUUUAAUAUUCAUGGAAGGAUAUUGUGAUAAAUAAGCAGCAAAAUGAAGAACAAACCUUUGCGUCACAAGGAGACCAAUACUUUCAAGCACAAACCUUUUUCGGUAAGGGUAACAGAAAUCGAUGUCGAUGUAUUCCAUCGAGUUUCCCACCGAAAUGAAGAGGACACCGAUGAAGAAACCCAUUUCUAUCAAGCAAUUCAAAAAUGGAACGUGCUUAAUCUUUCCGAAAAUUACAGCAGACUCAAAAAAGAACUGCGAAAUAUCGUCACAUUAGCACAACUCCUGUACAGCAAACAAGAUGUGCUUGAUGCACUUAUGAAAUAUUUAAAACUGAAAGACCCACUUUGCUUGCAAACAGUCUUAGAGUUAAUCGUUGCAGUGGCGAGAGACUUGCAGAAUGAAUUCUACGAGCAUUUUCCGGAAUUUUUGUCGGCUAUCAUUGAUCUUUUGCACACUAAGGAUGUCGAGCAGCUUGAGUAUACUUUCACAGCUUUGGCUUACUUAUUCAAAUUCUUGUGGCGAUAUUUAAUUAGAAAUGUGGAUAAAGUUUUCACUCUACUUUUGCCCCUUUUAUCCGAUUCUCGGCCACAUUACAUAAACGCUUUUGCUGCUGAAAGUUUCGCCUUCGUGGUUAGAAAAGUUAAAGACAAAAAAUGUUUUCUCACUCUAGUUUUAAGUGCAUUAGAAGAAACUCAGAAUGGAGUCCUAGGUUGCGGAAAAUUGUUAUUCGAGGUAAUUUCUGGAAUAUCAAAUCAAUUCCACUCAGCUGCAGAAGAUUUACUCCCUCUUUAUCUCGAAUCACUUCAAGACGAGUCACUAAAUCAGGAUCUCCUCUAUCGAGUCUUGGCAGAAGUUAUAAAAAACAUUCUAGACACAAUUCACUACCAAAAAUGUGACAUUUUGUGGAAAUCUUUCUUCCGCGUGACUGACAAAUUUAUAGAAAGCAGUUCGCUCUGUCAAAAAUCUAAAGGAAGAGAAGAUCCCAUGAUUCUUAUUCUUCGUCUCAUGUUCAAUCCCGUCGUCGAUAAAGGCGGAAGAAUGGUCAAAGAUCCAGUGAUAAUUGCAAACAAAUUUGCAGAAUUCGUAAAAAUUUUCGAAAAUAACACUCAAGUCUUAGAGGAAAUUCUUAAACUUUCAACCAAUUUACUUCUCGCUCCAUGUGUAAAUAUAAGUCAAGAAACUGGAAGUUACCUAGUGUUGAGAAUUUUAUCAAUACCACAUACGGAAUUGUUGCUGACUAUUGUUGAAAAAUUAAUUCCUUUCACCUCCUUCGAAUCUUUAGUCCUGCCGCAUUUGCUUAAAAUCAACAUUGAGCCAGAUUACAGAAGUCAAGUUUUGCGUUUGCUCGCGAAGAUAAUAAAAGAAAAAUCGCCUCCAUCUCUCAGUGGAAUAUCGCUUCAAAAAUGGCGCAAAUUCAACUUGAACGUUCGGAGUGAAUCCAUUGAUGGGGACUUUUUACUGAAGAAGCUGAAAACCCUGGAAGACGAACCCUCAGAAGAUGUUCUUCGUGUUAUAUUGAUACUUCCUCAUCUGAAUCCUUUAAAUAAGGAUCUUAAAACCUCUUUAUUAAAGGGUUUAGUUUCUCUUCAUGACAAGAUUAUCGAGACAUCUGCUCCACAGGAAAUCAAUAAACUAGUCUUCCCAUUCUUGCUAGCAGUCGAUUCUGCCGUUCACAUACUGAGUCCUGACGACUUUUAUCAGUUUCUCGCUUCUAAUUUCAAGAUAUUGGAAUUGACGCAAAAGCACAAGGAUCAGCCUGCAAUUUUAAACUCACUAGACUUGAGUUUAACUUACCUAAACGAAUCACAGUUCCAUGAGAAGAUCAUCAACAACACAACCUUCGAUUUCUUGCAUGGAUUUCUAACAGAGAAACUGGGAUCCGAAAAUCCAGGAAUUCGCUUAACAGUGACGCAUAUUUUCUCAUUGUUUAAAAACGUAGCGGGUCUAAAAACGGAGACGGAAAAUAGCGGAAGAGAUGUUUUUGAACUUCUCUACUUGGCUGAAAAUCAACCAGCCACGGUUCAUAAAUACAGAGACAAGUUAUUGCAUUUGGAGGCUUUGAAUUUCGAGAGUCAAGCACUGAUUUCUUUGGACCCGUCUUAUUAUGAUGUGCCACUCUAUUAUUUAAUUGGCAACUUGUAUCUCAACUUCUCACUCCUCUGGGAUCCUGUUUGCAAGAUUUUGGCUACUUACGCGAACAAGAAGUGUUCACAAUUCUGGCCAAUAUUUCUUGCUCAAUUGACAGGAGAGAUCAAUGUUUCAAGUUCUUGUAUUUCGACAUUUAAGUGCGACAUUAUAUCUUCACUAGAAAAAGGAAUUAGUGACAAUGAUGAGAAGGUUGACUGUGAAAAUUAUAGGCUUCUACUUUGGAAAUCUAUGUCUCAUUUCUCCGAAUAUUGUGAGACGAAAAAUCGGGAUUUGACAGUUCUAUUUAUAGAUUAUGUGGAGAAAUUUGUUUUUAAAUCUAAUAGUGAAGAUGGAAAGUCUUGCAAUAUUGAGAAACGCAGAGAAGUGAAUUCGGAAGAGUUUGAAGAAGAGGAGGACGAGGAAAUAAAAGAAGAGGAUACGAAAGAAAAUGAUGAGAAGGAAGGUGAAAAUGCGGAUAAAGAAAUAAAAGAAGAUGCGGGUAAAAUGAAAGUUGACAAAAAGAAAAAAGAUAAUAAGGAACCUCAAUCAAGAAACAAGAUGAAGCUUCUCCUUGCCCAGAUGCAAGUUUUCAGCAAAGUCGUAAAUCCAAAAUCACUCUACAGAGAACCCGAGAUGUUUAAAAUCUAUUUGGAUCUCCUAACAUCCAAGAACUCCGAGAUUCAAAAAGCUGCUCUUAAUUGUCUUUUCAGCUACAAACACAAGUACCUUCUGCCUUACAAAGAACACCUGAAUAAUUUUGUUGACGAGAAACAGUUGAAAAGCGAGUUGACUCAUUUUAAAAUCACCAAGGAGGACAGCAUAAUUGAGGAAGAUCAUCGUGAAGGCCUCCUUCCAAUUUUGAUGAGGAUCAUCUACGCGAAAAUGACAAUGAGAGUCGGAAUGAGAACUGGCGGCAAAGCUGGUGGAAUUGUUCGUCGAAAAAUGAUACUUCGAUUUCUCGCCGGGGCAGAGGAAGAAGAAAUGUUUACUUUUGUUCAGAUGGCUUUCAAACCUUUCGAAAAUCGUCUUCCAAUUUCAUCAGGAGGCAGUGAGGAUCUGAGGCAAAUUGUUAGUGACGUGAUCGGCCAAGUUGAUCUGACUAAUGUCACACCUCCAAAGAGACUUCAAAGCGCUGUUAAUCUACUUGCGAUUUUGAUAGAGCAGUUUGGCGGUAAGAUGAUGGAGAAAUUGCUGCCUCAUCUUUUGAGAAUUCUGUUCUGCAUUUUGGCCCAGGUCUCUGGAAUUCUCAACAAAUCGGAUCAAAUUCAUUCCGGAUUCUUACCAUCAAUCAGAAAUGUGAGGACAAGUUGCAUCAACAUUCUCGCUAGGUUCUUCGUUCAUUUUGAGAAUUACAAGUGGACUACUUCGGAAAUCGACUCAGUAUUCGACAUUGCAGUUUUUCCCUGGCUUGAAAAAUUGCCCCUGGAAGGCAUUCAUAGUCCAACUGCUUUAUUGAAAAUGUUCUUGGCUUGGAGUCAGAAUCCUAGGUAUUAUUCUCUGCUUGUGAAACACCAAGAAAAUGAUAAGGCCUUCACGCCUUUGGUGUAUGUGAUGCAAUUAUUAUUGGGACCUAAAACUCAUCCCUCAGUCGCAAACACAAUUCUCGAAAUGAUCGAGAAGAUGUUGACUCUGCAGGACUACGAUAAAUCAAAUCAAGAUCCUGAUGCGAUGGAAGUAGAGGAGAGAAUUGAAUCUCUAAGUUCUGUGGUUUCAAAUUGUUUGGAACUGAACUGGGCUUCUUUACCCAAGGGAAUAAAUUAUGGAUCGGCGAUUCUCCUUCCACAUGUCACGAGUAUUCUAGAAUACGUAAGAAGGAAAUUGGAAAAGAUCAAGAAGUUCAACAAGGGAGUCAGAAAGUCGGAGCUUGUUAUUCUCUCGAGAAUUUCCGAGUUUGUCUCUGACAGUGAAACUAGUGAUACACUUUUAUCCCUGAUUGUUCCAAUUUUGGUUAAAAAAGCUUCUCUGGGGGAGUCUGAAGAAAUUAUAGUCGACCUUCUCACGACGGUCACGAACCUUAUAAAAAAUGUAAAGAAUCCUGAACAGCAUAUCAGAAUCCUCACACCGUUGGUCAGUUGUAUUUCUGGUGUUCUCCCCAGAAGAGACUUGAUUCAGUUGUUCAUUAUUAUUGCCAGCAGAUCAUCAGAGAGUAUCAGAGAGAGGAUGAUUCGAGACUUUAAUUUAUUAAAGGCUCUCAAUUCCUGGGAUGUGAAGUGGGUUGACCAGCCCGACUUUCAAAAAAGACUGGACACAUUUGAGGAAUUGAAUUCGCUUAUUGGAAAGAAUGAAGUCUCCCUUGAAUUUGGAGUUGCUGUUAUCCACAAUUGUUUCUUCUUUUUGAAGACUGAAAAAGAUUUAGCGAUUCGAGAUAGUUCGGGACAAUGUUUGAAGGACAUCGGUCAAAAAUUGACAGAGAAUCACAAAGGAAAUCCGGUUGAUAGAAGAUAUUUAAUAGAUGAUGCGAUUUUGGGAAUGGUGAGGAAAAGUUUAAGAAGCAAAAAUGAAACUCUAAGACUUCAGUCUAUAGCCUUUUUGGGCCACAUGGCUCUCGAGUGUUCCGACGUUCAUCCAGUGUUGAGAGAUCUGUCGCAGUUAGCGAACAAAGUUGAUCCUGAAGUUGAUUUUUUCGAAAAUAUGCAGCAUUUACAGCUGCACAGAAAAGCCCGAGCACUUUUGAAAUUCUGUUCAGUGGCCAAGACACUUCAGAGAGCACCAAAUCCGAAGACGUUAACUCAAUUUAUUCUCCCUCUUGCUUCGACAUAUUUGUGUAAUGAAGACUUUGCGAAUAAAAACAGCAUUGUGGAUGCCUCUAUCGAAACUGUGGGAACAGUUUGUCGUUUGCUACCUUGGCAUCAGUACGAAGUAAUUUUAAAGUAUUACUUGGAUAAGCUCAGAGGUUCGUUUGAAUUUCAGAGACAACUUGUCAGGCUUAUUGUCGCUAUUUUGGAUGCCUUUCACUUCGACCUUUCGAAGUAUAAGGAAAUUAAACCCUCCUUGGAAGCUGAACAGCCAUUGAUUUUGGAGGAGAGUCAUGUUUCUAUCUUAGAAGAAACUCCUAUUAUUGAUGAAGAGAAUGCAGAGACUGUUGAUAAGCUUAAAGCCGAAGUAAAUCUCGAUGAAGCUUUAGAAAAAGAAGCGGACAAUGAUUUACCUGCAGAAGAGAUUGAAGAAAGCUCUGCUGGGAAAUUAGGCGACUUAUCAGCAAUUGAAAAGGAGACAGUCCUUUCUAACUACAUGGCGAAGAGACUUGUCUUCAGUAUCUCGAAGGUCCUUUUGCCUCAAUUGCAGCGAACAAUUGUCGCAAGAACUCAUCAUGAAAACAGUCACAAAGUGAACAGGAAGAGAACUGGCGACGAGAGAGAAGAGGAAGAAUUGAUGAGAGUUCCUGUUGCUCUCGCGGUUGUUAAGCUGCUUCAAAAAUUGCCUGAGGGGAUGUUGGACUCAAAUCUUCCCGGUAUUUUCAUGAAGCUCUGCACCUUCCUGAAAUCGAAACUCGAAUCGGUUCGAAGAGCAACUCGAGACAUUCUGAAGAGCAUUAUGAUCACACUUGGUCCUGUUUAUCUUCAUUAUUUGUUGAGGGAAAUGAACGCUCUUUUGACGAAAGGUUUCCAGGUUCAUGUUCUUGUUUUCACGAUUCAGUCUGUUUUGGAAUGUUUGAAGCCCUUUCUAAAACCGGAAUACGUCAAUACAAACUUGAGAAGUAUUUUGUCAGUUUGCAAAGUUGACUUAUUUGGAUUGACUGCUGAAGAAAAAGAUAUUAUUGGAAUUGUGAAGAACACGUCUGAAGCUAAGUCAACGAAGAGCUACGCUAUCUUUCACACAUUGGCUGAGUUUAUCAGCGAAUCGUGUCUGAUUGAUAUCAUGCUGCCGCUAAAAGAAGUUCUUGGAAAGACACAUUCGCAUAAAACGCUGUACAAAGUUGGUGAAUGUUUGAGGCAAAUUUCUAUGGGUCUGGCGGAUAAUAAAUUCAUCGAGACGAGGCAAAUGUUAAUAUUUCUUUAUGGUGUUAUUUCGGAAAGCAUUCCAGAUCUUGUCCCAACAAAGAAGGAGAAUAAACCCAGUGAAAAGGAAAUCAGAGUUCGAUCACGUCAGAAUCCUGAUUGUUUUCUUAUUCAGCCGGAACCGAAGAGUAGAAUGGGUGCAAAAAAUAGUGCGAAAAAGACGAGAAACACUAAUGCGCAUUAUCUGGUUGAAUUUGGACUCGAACUGAAACACACUUUUUUGAAGAGGGAUAAAUUUGCUGGUGUUGAAUACAAACCGCUCUUGGAUCCUUUUGUGCCAAUUUUAAACAAGAGUCUCAAGUCUCAACAUGUGAAAAUCAGUACACUAGCCCUGAAAUGUUUGAAUUGGGUUAUCAAAAUGGACCUGCCCUCAGUUCACGAAUUAAUAUCCGAAAUCUGCUCUUCAAUAUUCAGUAUUCUCCAUAAAUACGCAGUGGCCGGUUUAAGCAAAGGAGAGAAUUACGACUUAGUGAUGGCAGCUUUUAAAUGCACUUCAGUUAUUCUGCGAAAUGUGAAACAUUUCACAAUAAGUGCGGAUCAGCUCAAAUUGCUGAUAAUUUACGCCGAGCAAGAUCUACACGACAGUGAGAGACAAGCGACAGCUUUUGGUCUCCUCAGGGCGAUUAUCAGUCGAAAAAUGAUUGUUCCCGAGAUGCACGAUGUCAUGCACAAAGUGGCGAUACUGAGUGUCACUUCAGAAUUAGAUCACGUGAAACUGCAAUCUCGACAAGUCUUCUUCUCAUAUUUAAUUGAUUAUCCUCUCGGCAAUAAACUCAAAGAUCACAUUAACUUUUACACUGCUCAACUCAACUAUGAACUCCAGCCAGGUCGAAUGAGCGUUUUAGAAAUGAUUCACAGCAUUGUCACAGCAUUUCCAUUGAAAGAACUCGUCAAAUAUUCGGGUUCUUUAUUCGUUUCGGUGGGCGUCAGACUCAUAAAUGACGAUGAUCCUGCCUGUAAAAAACUUGGCGCGAAAUGCAUCAGAGAGAUGAUAAAACGUCUUCCGAAUAAUCAAAGGAAUGAACUCUUCGAUGUUGUGAUGACCUGGAUGAAGGAAAAAAAGAUGACGCACAGAAGUUUGGCUCUUCAACUCUGCGGAAUAUUUAUUCUUGUUGAGACCGAGGGUUUCGAAUCAAGGCUCGAAGGAGUGUUGCCGUUUCUGUUGAAGCAAUUUCACGCUCAUGUGGAUGAAUCUAAACCAGGGCGUUUUGUAAAAGUUCAAAAUUCGAUUGGAAGAUCUGGCGAAGUUGGAAAGAAUAUCAAAGAUCCAGAGAGACUGAAGGAUCAUCAUUUGAUUCUUGUUCUGCAGGUAUUGCUGAAGGUGGCUGCAAACUGCACGGCUUUUUUGAAAGAUGAGAAGUUCAAGGAUCUUGUACACUCCUUUGCUGAUCAAAGUCAAUCUCUGCUGGCACAUCCACACUUGUGGGUUCGAUUAGCAGCAAGUCAGCUACUCGGAUUUAUUCUCUCGGCUCUUGAUACUGAAAAAGUAGAGCAUCUUUUGAAAAAUCCAGACGAGGUCCCCGAAUCUGGAUACAUAUAUUCCGACCCAGUCACCACUUUAAGAAGUUUAACACUAGAUUUGAUCGCUCAGCUGUAUCCAGAUAUGACAUUGGAAGAAUUAUCGGAUCAGAUAGUCAAGAAUUUGGUUUUCAUUGCAAGACUCUUGCAGUCUUUAGAUGUUGGGACUGUCAAAUCUGGAGAAAGCCAAGAAAUUCCGAAUGAGACUGACAAAAAUAACAUGUUUUCGCUUCUCUGGAUGGUUAAGAAAAUGAGGAAAAGUGUCAACCUGGAAGUGACUCAAUCUCCGAAAUCUGUAUCUGUUAGACAAGCAGUUUUCAAAUGGACAGCAGGAAUAGUAGCUAUGAUUCCCAUAGAAAUUCUGGAACCACUUUUGUUCCAUUUGAUGUCGCCUUUGGUCAGAGAAAUGAUAACUACUGAAGAAUCAAAUGCUCCCUUAAGACAAUUAGCAAAAGAAGUAUCCGGGAUGAUAAAGAAAAGAAUGGAUAGAGAGGAGUACGUUAAAUUACUAAGUGUAAUUCAACAGAAGAUUGACACUAGAAAAGCGGAAAGGAAAAAGUCUCGAAAGCAACAGACUAUCACGGAUCCAGAGUUGGCCGCUAAGCGAAAGAUUGCGAGACAACAGAAAAAGAAGGAAGCGAAGAAAAGGAAAAUAGAAAACUUUAAAGGAAACAAAGUCGCGAAGAAAAAACCGCGUAAGGAAGUUGACUUCGAAACAGUGUAAAAAAUACACUAUAAAUUAGGUGCGAAAUAUGUAUAAAUUUUUUUAAAUUCAUUUUUCUGAAACUGUAUAUAGAAAACUGUACAAAAUAAAGCUUGUGUUUUAAUAAAAAUUUAGUUAAAUGGA